CUUGAGGUGUAACAUCCGGCACUAUUAAAGGGGAAAGAACGUGGGAGAAAAGAGAAACUUGGGAGUAGCAAUUGGUGGUGGCGGCAAGAGAGGAAGCUUGAACGGCUAUGGUGGUGGCGAGUGAGGUGUUGCCAUGGACAUAUGUGAGGAGAGGAAAGGUAAAGGCUACGAAACACCAAGAGUUGAGAUGGUUUAGGUUUCAAAAAUUGAAUUAGACGCCGUUAUAUUUCCUUCUCCCGUUAAGUUACACUGCAGUGAUCUGAGUGAGCUCCACAACUGCAUCUGUUUUUUUAUUGGAGACUUCCAUUUCCUACGUGAAACGAAGGCUCCCUACAAGUCGAUCUUUCUCCAUUUUGCAGGGUGACUGGGUGAGCAUGCAUGGGCAAACAGACGUAGAGGGAGGGCGUCAAUGUAUUUUGAAUGCGGUUGACCCGAGUUUGGACUUUCGGUUAAGCAGCAGUAUCCGAUCCAAAAGUCCCAUAAGUAUCACAUAUCCGCUCACAUGCUGGUUUGAAUAUUCUUAAGUUAUGCGCGGGAAUAGGCGUUUGAGGCAGUUUCACAGCUCCUGCCUACGCUUAUUCCGACCUCAACCCAUCAACAAAACCCAAGCAACAAACCAUACAACCUCAAACCCAUCUUUAUCCAAGAAAUCAUCAAUCAAGAAAAAAUCCCAGAAGCUGUUACCCACUCACACUGAAGCAGAUAUAGUCAAAUGGAACGUUGCCAUCACUACCCACAUGCGCAAUGGGCGCUGCGAGUUGGCCCUGGGUGUAUUCAAUUCCAUGCCCCGUCGAAGUGCAGUUUCCUGGAAUGCUAUGAUUUCGGGGUACUUGUCAAAUGGCCGAUUUGAUCUUGCGAGACAGAUGUUCGAAAGAAUGCCUGAAAGAGACCUUGUUUCAUGGAAUGUGAUGAUUAGUGGGUAUAUUCGGAAUGGAAACCUUGGUAAUGCUAGGAUGUUGUUUGAUCAAAUUCCCAAGAGGGAUGUUGUUUCGUGGAAUGCUAUGUUAUCGGGUUAUGCGCAAAGUGGGUAUAUUGAUGAAGCGAGGGAGAUUUUUGAUAAGAUGCCAAAUAAGAAUACUAUUUCAUGGAAUGGGAUACUUGCUGCAUAUGUGCAGAAUGGGAGGAUAGAAGAAGCAUGUCGGUUAUUUGAGUCAAAGGCAGAUUGGGAGUUGGUCUCAUGGAAUUGCUUAAUGGGUGGGUUUGUGAAGAGGAAGAGGUUAGCUGAUGCAAGAUUGCUUUUUGAUAGGAUGCCUGAAAGAGAUGUAGUUUCGUGGAAUACCAUAAUCUCAGGUUAUGCCCAAAAUGGAGGGUUGUUAGAAGCAAGGAAAUUGUUUAAUGAUUCUCCAAUUCGGGAUGUAUUCACGUGGACGGCAAUGAUGUCUGGAUAUAUACAGAAUGGGAUGUUGGAUGAAGGGAGAAAAAUUUUUCAUCAAAUGCCAGAAAAGACUUCAGUUUCAUGGAAUGCAAUGAUUGCUGGGUAUGUUCAAUGUAAGAAAAUGGAUUUGGCCAGAGAAUUGUUUGAGAUGAUGCCUUGUCAAAAUGUUAGUUCUUGGAAUACAAUGAUUACAGGUUAUGCUCAUAGUGGUGAUAUUGCACAUGCUCGGAAUUUUUUUGAUAAGAUGCCUCGGCGUGAUUCCAUCUCUUGGGCUGCAAUUAUUUCAGGGUAUGCUCAAAGUGGUUUUUGUGAGGAGGCUUUGCAUCUGUUCAUAGAGAUGAAAAGAGAUGGGGAAAGGUUGAAUAGAUCUUCAUUUACCUCAACUUUGAGCACAUGUGCUAAUCUCGCUGCUUUGGAGUUGGGUAAGCAAGUGCAUGGACGGCUUGUUAAGGCAGGAUUUGAAACUGGGUGCUAUGUGGGGAAUGCACUUCUUGCAAUGUAUUGUAAGUGUGGAAGCAUAGAUGAAGCAUAUGAUAUCUUUGAGGAAAUAGUAGUGAAGGAUGUUGUGUCAUGGAACACGAUGAUUGCUGGUUAUGCAAGACAUGGAUUCGGCAAGGAGGCUCUUCUAGUUUUUGAUUCAAUGAAGAAAGCUGGAAUUAAUCCAGAUGAUGUCACCAUGGUUGGUGUUUUGUCUGCAUGCAGUCAUACUGGCUUAGUAGACAGAGGCACAGAGUACUUCCAUUCAAUGAAUUGUGAUUAUGGAAUCACGGCAAAUUCGAAACACUAUACUUGCAUGAUUGAUCUCCUUGGUCGUGCUGGACGCCUAAAUGAUGCCCAGAAUUUAAUGAAGAACAUGCCUUUUGAACCAGAUGCUGCAACAUGGGGUGCUCUACUUGGCGCCUGCAGGAUCCAUGGCAGUACUGAAUUAGGUGAGAAGGCUGCUAAGAUAAUUUUUGAGAUGGAACCUGAAAAUGCAGGAAUGUAUGUUCUUCUGUCAAACUUAUAUGCCACUUCUGGUAGAUGGGAUGAUGUUGGUAAGAUGAGAUUGAAAAUGAGAGAUAGGGGGGUGAAGAAAGUUCCUGGGUAUAGUUGGCUUGAAGUAGAAAACAAAAUCCAUACAUUUACUGUUGGUGAUUCUGUCCAUCCAGAAAGGAAUAGAAUAUAUGCAUUUCUAGAAGAGUUGGAUUUGCGGAUGAAGAGGGAGGGCUAUGUUUCUUCCACAAAACUGGUUCUGCAUGAUGUGGAAGAGGAGGAGAAGGAACAUAUGCUCAAGUAUCACAGUGAAAAACUAGCCGUGGCAUUUGGGAUUUUGACUAUACCGCCCGGGAGACCAGUACGUGUAAUUAAAAACUUGCGGGUGUGUGAGGACUGCCAUAAUGCAAUAAAAUACAUAUCCAAGAUUGUGGGAAGGCUGAUAAUCUUAAGGGAUUCUCACCGUUUUCACCACUUCAAAGAGGGUGUGUGUUCUUGCGGGGACUACUGGUGAGAGAUGGGGAGUGUUUACUGUUGGAAAUUUCUGUACCAAAUAUUUUGCCGAUUGAUGAUUUUGACCAGCUCUGUUAGAAGGAAUAUAAGUGGAAACUCCUCCUCCCUUUUCAGAUGUGGAUCUAUUUUGUGCACUAUAGAAAAUUUACUUCCAUGAAGGUUGCCUAGACAUAGUUUAUAGGUGGAGUCACUUGUAACUUAAGAUGGAGAUAUACUGCCUUCCACAUGUUAACUAUAUUAAGACAUUCGGCAAUAAUGCUCUUUUGAUCAGUGAUCAGUCAUCAAUUUCGUGGUCUGGGGACCAUUUUAAUGCUGAGGCAGUGAAACUUCAAGAAUUAUCGAUGGAGCUAAUAUUUUGGUCCAGUUCUAGCAUAGAGACUUUUGAUUUAUUCCUAAUUAAAGCACAAAUUUCUUCUAUAAACAACUGAAACCAACAUAGUUCUGCUGAUAAACAGAGCCAACAUAGAACUGAGAAGACCAGAAUUGAAUACUCAAGAGAAUCUCAGUUCCAUCGCAGCUGCUUCUGAUCAGAUGUGCUAAAAAGUUGACCAACCCAAACUGAAGCAGCAGAUUAAAGUUGCAACCACAGAGAUUUUUUCCAUGUCUGGGAUUUGUGUUCCUGAUAUGGAACCACAGUGUGGUGCAAAAACUGAUCUCACUUCCUGCAAUCAAAGCUUUAAGAUGGUUAUUAAGUUGAUCACUUGGAUUGACACAGGUUAUAUUUUUUUUUACCUUGUAGAUGUUCUCUCUUUAUUAUUCGAUUUGUGUUCCUGAUAUGGAACUACAGUGGUGCAAAAACUGAUCUCUCUCCUGCAAUCAAAGCUUUAAGAUGGUUGUUAAGUUGAUCACUUGGAUUGACACAGGUUACAUUUUUUUACACUGUAGAUAUUCUCUCUUUCUUUAUUAUUCGAUAUGACAGAAUCAAGGAAAUAAGCUCGGGCUUGUCGAGAGAGAGUUUUCUCAACAAAAUACUUUGUGCUAUUGAGCAAAGCAGUAAUGCCUGUAAGCUGUCCUUGUCCUGCUUGGCAAUGAGGAAAAUGGAUGAAGACAACGUCACGAGAUAUCAUUCUCCUUAUUUUUGGACUUCUAAUCAUCUUUGCAGGAAUUAUUCUACUGCAUGUCUUAUUCGGUUUGUAUACCGCUGCAGUUGCCAAUGUUAUCACAAUGUCUAUGAUAUGUAACCCCCUACCAACAUCUGUAACAUCUUAAAGCUACUCAUAAUUACAAUUUUUAAAAUUUUAAAAUUUUAUAGAUUAA